AGAAUGGAGCGACUUCAUGAUCUGCUAGUGGAGUAUUUUGAAUCCAGAUCUAUGGACAUGCACAGCCGAAAGUCUCCAAGAGACUGGUGUAGAGAUCUGUAUGAACGUCUGUGUGAUCCAUCAUUUAACCUGUACCUUUCAUUCCUCAAUUUCUACCUGCCAAUGUUAGGGGAAGUGAACGAACUCUGUCAAGAGGAGAAUAUUAACAUUUUGUCUGCAUACAAGAAAAUUCUUUCUAUGAAGAAAUUUUUGGCUGAAGCAGUUGUUUUUGAUGUCAACAAGCCUGAUGAUUUGCUACUCAGAGAUGACAACUUGCUACCUGUAGAUGAAGAAAGAUAUGACCAAGAUCAUGAAGCUGAUGAGAAUGAUGCCAAAGAUGAUAAUGGUAUUUCCUUUCCUUCUGGUGAAUUUUCUGAUAUUUGGAAGCAGACAGUUGAGCAUGACUUGUUGACCAGUCGACAGAGACAAUCUCUUCUGGAGAACUGUGCACGUUUUCUUCAUAGACUAAUACAGAGUCUAAACAAGCUCUUUCCAGAGUGCCACUUUAUAGUACAAGAUUGUUCAUUUUUAGACCCCAGGUGACAGAAAAAUUCUUCAGCCAACAUCACUGCUGUUAUUGACAGGUUCAACAAUGGGUUCAUGGAUGGUCAGUUGGUAGCACGUCAGUAUGGACAAUACAGGCAUGACGAUGAUGUGGAUUUCAUCCUUCAAGAGAAUGAUGGCAAUGUGGUAUCUUUUUGGUGUGACUUGUUUCUGAAUUAUUCUGGAUACAAGGAGCGUAGCAAACUCAGCAUCUUGCUCCUAAGCUUGUCUCCUAACACUUGUGAC